CCUAAAGACUCCUUAGAUAUGGCUUUCAACACACUGACCUCAAGAGCUGUUUUGCUCUAUGAUGAGUGGGUUAAGGAAGCAGAUCCACGGACUGAGAACUGGCUGCUUAUGGCCUCCCCUUUCCCUCAAACAUUCAUAAUCGCUGCCUACAUCUACUUUGUGACGUCGCUGGGGCCUCGGCUGAUGGAAAACCGCAAGCCCUUUGACCUCAAGCGUACAAUGAUCAUCUAUAACUUCAGCAUUGUGACGUUUUCCCUCUACCUGAUUUACGAGUUUCUCAUGUCUGGUUGGGCGAACGGCUACACCUAUGGGUGUGACCUUGUGGAUUAUUCCAGUUCUCCUCAGGCUCUCCGGAUGGCAUGGUCCUGCUGGCUGUACUAUUUCUCCAAGUUCAUUGAGAUGCUUGACACUAUUUUCUUUGUCCUGAGGAAAAAGAACAGCCAGGUUACUUUCCUUCACGUCUUCCAUCACUCCAUCAUGCCCUUCACCUGGUGGUUUGGGGUCAGAUUCGCCCCAGGUGGUCUGGGAACCUUCCAUGCCCUGCUGAACUGCGUCGUCCAUGUUAUAAUGUACACCUACUAUGCUCUCUCAGCCCUGGGACCUGCCUACCAGAAGUACCUGUGGUGGAAAAAGUAUAUGACCACUAUCCAGCUGAUUCAGUUUGUGCUGGUCACCACUCACAUUGGCCAGUUGUUCUUCAUGAAGGACUGUUCUUACCAGUUUCCUGUGUUCCUCUACGUCAUCGGUUCAUAUGGGCUGAUCUUCCUGGUCCUGUUCCUCAAAUUCUACUAUCACGCCUACACCAAGGGCAAGAGGCUACCCAAGGUUCUCCAGAAUGGAAACUACCUUCUCAAGAAAUAUGAGUGAUCUUUCCAAUGAUCUUUCCAACCUAUUAAGUGGGAAUAUUCCUUUUUAUUUCAUCCGUUCAAGUUCCACUUCCCUGUUUUAUGUUAAAACUAAUGUGGAAUACAUCCACCUUAUCACUGGAUGUAAGACGUCCGAACUUGCACACUGGUGUUUCACUAGAGAUGCUGUCUUGUUGUUUAUUUUUUUUUAUUUUGUGGUCUUCACUUAAGGCUUUGAAAUGAGUAUGGUGUGGGGAGUACAGUAUUUUCAUCCUAUAUCCUCUUAAUUUACCUGUAAAUAUCGAGUUUCUCAGCUUUGGAGUAUGAUUGAACUGCUGGCCAGAUCUGAAAAGUUAUGAGAGCAAAGGUGAUUUGAAGUUUGUCACUAAAAGGGUUUUUGAAGGUUGUUUUAGUUGUGACUAAAUGAGCCUGAAGCCCUUUGACCCUUGAGGAACGCUUGACUGAUCUACCUGGUUGUGCUCGAACCUGAACGUUUACCGCAGAAGUGACAUCAUCUGAAGUUAUUUUGUCAGUGAUUUAUGCUUUGUGAUUAUUUAUUCUUUAUUUAAUAUUGCUGUUUUCUUAAUGUGAUCUUUUUAAAUGAUAUUGAUCUGUAGGAAUGGCCCGUUAUGCUUUUAUGUUCUACUGAUCGGAGCUAAGGAAGACUAGAACAAUGUUACAGGAUUUUUCCUUGGUUUUUGUCUUUUUAAAUGAACUUCCAAUUCUGUGAAAAAGAAAUUGAGUUUUAUAGUGAAACAAAAUAAAUCAUUUGUCACUA